AUGAGCGCAGAGGAGACGGAGGGAGAGCCACAGGGAGGCGCUAUCGCGGCCAACGGCACCUGGGAGGAGGAGGAGCAGCGUGCUCCGGCGGUGUGCGCUGGGGGAGACGGGAGGCUGGAUGAGGAGAGCGGAGGCACGCUGGAUGAGGAGCAGGACGGCGCAGGCUGCUCCGCCCGGCCGGAGGGGGCCGGCGGCUGCAGCAAAACGCAGAGUCUGGAUUCAACCAGCAGCGACAACUGCAUCCCGACUCCCAUCUGCCGGAUCUGUUUCCAAGGAGCUGAACAGGGUAACCUGCUGAACCCAUGUCGGUGUGACGGCUCAGUUCGGUACACUCACCAGCACUGCCUGCUAAAAUGGAUCAGCGAGCGCGGCUGCUGGACCUGCGAGCUCUGCUGCUAUCGCUUCCAUGUCAUUGCCAUCAACUUGAAGAGGCCCUGGCAGUGGCAGGCCAUCACCAUCACACUGGUCGAGAAGGUCCAGAUCAUCGCUGUGUUCCUGGGCUCACUCUUCCUUGUCGCCAGCAUCUCCUGGCUGCUGUGGUCGACGCUCAGCCCACAGGCAGUGUGGCAGCGCAGGGACAUCCUCUUUCAGAUCUGCUAUGGCAUGUAUGGCUUCAUGGACCUCGUCUGCAUGGGGUUAAUCGUCCAUGAGGGGGCAGCAGUGCACAAAGUCUUCAUGCGUUGGCGGGCGGUCAACCUCCACUGGGACGUCCAGAGCUACAACAAAGCAGCAGAUAUGGAGGAGACGAGCACAGGGCCCACCUCGCUGGCCCCCAGGACGCUCUGGCUGCCCCUGGCCCCCCUGGGGCCUGAUGGCCCCUUACAGCCCACCCAGCUGGGGCCCCAGCCAUGGACCUGCCCCUGUUUCCCGCCUAUUUGCCCAACACUGGUCUCCCAAGACGGCGUUGGCCGGGAUGGUGAAUCUGGGGAAGUGGUUGUUCACGUGACAUCGGUGUGACGAGGCCAGCCCAAAUCUGAUCCUGUGUCCUCCAUUGUUGAACAGAUAGGAAGCACAUCCAAUCACUUCCUGUUUAGAUAGCCAUGGCUCACACCACAUUUCCACCAUCUUCUCUGGUUAUCUGUCAGCUUCCCAUCUGCAUUUUAAUUUAGUUGCUGUUGUGUUUUUUUGUCUUUUGUUUUUGGGAUACGAUGUUUGCACCAUAUCGCUGCGUGGCCACAUUCCUUCUUUUCCAUGUUUCGUUUCAUUCUCAUUUUGCAAAUAAACAUCUGGCUCCACAAUGGGAAGACCAGCUCAGGUGUUGUGACAAAGGGUUAAAGGUCAGACGAUUUGUGCAGAUCUGAACGGAGCCACUGAAGACUUUGUGGUUUUGAGUCGGUCUGUAUGUCGUUUUGUUGGAGCUUCCAGGGGCCCUGCAAAGUCUGGCGAGGCUUUGGGCCGAGGAACGUGCGUGUUGCUCCUUUCUCGACUCAAGUUUUGGGUUGUUUCAUUUUUCGGUGCCUUAGUUAGCGGAGGGACAGCUGAUGGUGUCGCAGCAAACAGCACAAGAAUGAAACACGUGCGACUUCUGCUGUCGGCUGUCUUUCUGUUUCUUUGGAAUG